AUGAGCGCCUUCGGCGUCGCGAAGCUGGUUAUUAACGACCGCCACACACUAUACAUGAUGCCGCAUUGCGGUUGUGGUAUCAAUCAACCAGCAUUUGACAAAUGGGUGGAGGCCACCUCCGGUGAUCCUGUCUGCCCUGUCUCUGGGUGUGGAGCUCUCCUGGAUGCAACAAACACUACCGUCGGCACGCCCGAACUCGAAGCCGAACCAAUGCCAGAUGCUUCGCCCCAACCUUUCCCCCCUGGAAACGUGCCGCGAGGUAUUACUGACCGCCUCACUCUCGACGAUGAAGGUGAGGCGGUCAAAGUGACUGCCGACCAGAUCGGCCCUUUCGAGCCGACCCCCUUCCCAGAUCGAGACUACGCUGACCCGAACAAGUUCGUCGUCAGCCGGAAGACCGGCAAGGUACAUACAAGAAUUUCAAAGGAGAAAAUGGAAGAGCUGAGGAUGCUGCCAAAGGAUGAGUUCAAGAAGAAGAUAGCUCGCAUUCAUCGAGCUGACAACAAGGCGUGGAACGAGGCAUUGCCGCACUUCGCGACGGUGAGGUCAAUCCAGCCAAGCGCCAGAGGCGCGCAUAGCGUCCAGUCCCCAUCCGCGACCCAGCCGAUUGACAUCCACAUGAUGUCCAACGAGCCUCUCUUUCAAGAGGCAAGUGAGACACAGUCAGUUGAGUCAAAUAUCUAG